UCCGCAGUAGUGCUUUCGCAGCUGGACAUCAUGGCAUUUUUUACCCACCGGUUCCUGCGUUCAAUGUCCUCCACCAACAGACUGGCUAUCAAGCACGUCACGGUGAUCGGCGGCGGGCUCAUGGGCGCUGGCAUCGCCCAGGUAGCUGCUGCAACUGGACAUUCAGUGAUUCUGGUGGAUCAGGCUGAAGAUAUCUUAAAGAAAUCAUUGAAGAGAAUUGAAGACAGCAUUGGGCGUAUAAGCAAGAAGAAGUUUAUAGAUAAGCCUGAGGCAGGUGCAGAAUUUGUUCAGCAGAUUCUUCAGAAAAUCAGUACCAGUACAGAUCCUGUUUCUGCAGUCCAAAGCACAGACCUGGUUGUGGAAGCUAUUGUGGAAAAUAUUAACGUAAAGCAAGAACUUUUCAAAAAACUGGAUCAGUGUGCUUCGAAGAAUACUAUCUUUGCCAGCAAUACUUCAUCACUGUCAAUCACAGAAAUAGCAAGUGCUACAACUAGACAGGACCGAUUUGGUGGGCUCCAUUUUUUCAACCCUGUACCCAUGAUGAAGCUGGUGGAGGUCAGUGAGACUCCAGCGACUAGUCAGCAGACAUUUGAAGCACUAAUGAAUUUCACCAAAGCUUUGGGGAAAAAAGCUGUGGCUUGUAAGGAUACUCCUGGAUUUAUUGUGAAUCGCCUUCUUGUACCAUACUUGAUGGAAGCUGUCCGGCUGCAUGAGAGAGGUCAUGGAUCAAAGGAAGACAUUGAUGUAGCAAUGAAAUUGGGUGCUGGAUAUCCCAUGGGUCCUUUUGAAUUAUUGGAUUAUGUUGGACUUGACACCUCCAAGUUUAUUAUUGACGGAUGGCAAAAGGUGGAUCCAGACAACCCCCUGUUUGCUCCCAGUGCUCUAUUGAAUAAACUAGUGGAUGAAGGAAAGCUGGGUAAAAAGACAGGUGAGGGUUUCUACAAAUAUUCCUAGAAGACAGGAGUUUUGUUGCUGCAAUUUUUGUACACUAAAUCAUGCAAGCUGCCAGACUGUUAGCUCAGUGCAUAUGACCUCUAUGGCAAUUACUUAAGUCACAUUUUGCAAAUAUUGCAGUGUAAUAUUUUCUAAAUAUUAAAGUGGCUGUAGACUGGAUAACCUUGCUCCAGCCAGGUGCAAUGAUUGAGGUAUAUAAUCUGUAAAAGAGAGGUUUUUAAAAUUGUUAUAUUAAUUGCUUCUAUUUCAAGAUCUGCCUUAAAAUUAUUGUACAUCCAAAGGGAACUUUGUUUUUUCAGUGUUGCAUUUGGAAUGAUCUUGGGCUUUGUAUUUGUAAGACCUUUGUCUAUUUUCAACAUAUCAAUAAAGUGUCACUUGAUUUGCAUAAUUUCAAAACCAAUUCUAUUUACUUUGUUUAUUCUUAUUUACCUCGUAUGCUGCUUUGUUCUUGUGCAUCAUUUAAUUCCUAAUUGACCCCAAAAACUAAUGAUGCAUGACCUCAACCUUUCCCCACUGCCGUCUCUUUUAAUCCAGCUCCACUUGACACUUAGGUUCAAUGUGAUUCCAAGCCUUGUAGAGACCUGUAUUAGUGAUUGGUGAAUACAAAUAAUAUCAGAGCCUCAAAAUCAGAUAAGUGAUUAGCCACCAGAAUGAUCAGUUUACUGUGCAUGAGACUAAAAAAAUGUAACUUACAGAUAUUUGAGUAUCAAAUGCUUAAUUAAUUUAGGAUACUUUGGUUUAUUGUGCUGUCCUCCCCCUGGAACCCAGCAUAAAAACAGUCUGUCAAUAGCUACUAACUUCCAAAAAAAUUAUCCAAGUUGGCCAUCUGUAUUGUGGAGGGUUGUGGCUGUCACGUGACAGCACUGCCCAUUACCUGGUCGAAAGACACACCACUGCCAAUCAAGGUUUGGCCUUGGGCCAUUGGCCUUUGUAAAUCACCUGGCCUGGACCCCCAAGCCCUCCAGCACUAUAAAGAGUGCCACAUGUGCUUGGCUCAGCCUCUUGACUGCUCAGAGGAAUCCACCCUGCUUCAUUCCAGGCCGCGGCCGUGGGACGGCACUGGAGAAAUCAUUGGUGAGGUGUGCACUGUUAAAAGGGUUGGGAACAUCUUAGUGUCCCUAGUAGCAUAGAGCCGUGCCUGCACUGAGUCAAGGGGUGGCGGGUAUCGUAUUGUCUUUUCCUUGAUUGUAUGUACCCAGUUCGUUGUGUGUAUUUUACCCCGUUACGAUUUUCCCACACUCGCUAUAAACUGUGUGCGUGUGUUAUUCCUGUUACCAUUUUCCCUUGUUUGUCUUUGUAAAUAAAAUCCUUAACUGCCA